AUGGAGACGAAGGUCAAAAAAAUAAGGGUGGUAAAGCCUAAAGCCAAACAGCUGGAUAAGAAUUCUCCGGAAUACUUGGACAGCUUGAUUAAAUCUCUGUUCAGAGGCAGACAAGUGGGCUCUUUACAAGAUCAAUUACCUGCUUUGACCACGUCAACUGAUGUAGAUAAGCAGUUGUAUGCAUUGAUUGGACUGCUUUUCAAAAACUUCAUCUUCAACUGGUAUCCAGGAGAUCAGUCUGAGCUUACACACGAGCUAGUUGGGAUCACAGCACAUGUGACUAGAAACCUACAGCAGCGUAUCAAUUCAUUUGAGGUUUAUGAAAUGCUGUUAGAUGAUACAUUCACGAUACUCAACUUACAUCUGGAAAAGAUAAAGUACAGCAAGAAGGUUACCACUUCGAGGUUUGACAAAAGCUCAGGAGAUAGUUGGGCUGAUACUUUCAAAGUAAUGUCAACUCACCCUGCAUUGGUGGAUCCAAGGACUCAAGCUCGAUACUUGGAGAUAAUAACAGACUGCAUUACCCCUCUACUAUUACCAUAUGAUGAAUGGGACUCCACGGUAGCAAAAGACAUUUUCGGAAAUAUUUUGAAUGGAAUUUUGUUAAAGAACUGUGUGGAAAACUUGAGUGAAGCAUACAUGAUAUGGGAUAUAAUCGAGUUGGGCUGUAAAGUGAUUAUUGAAAAGCAGGAGAACAAUAAGGAACAAGAACCAAACAGAUAUAACAGUUUUUUUUCAACUCAGUGGAUAUCAAACGCAAUUAGGUCUCUGUCUCAUUUUGCGGCGUACUCAACUUCAGUCAAUGUUAAACGAGAUUAUCAAGGCUCCCUUACCAACUAUGCCAUAUUUCCGUUCUUGAAUAAGCUUCUAGAGGUUGAGAGUAAAAUUCCAUUAUUUGUGGGAAUAGUAAAACUUUCAUUUACGUUUCUGACGGAUAGAGGAAAUAAACUGCUGCAUAAUUUGGCAACUAAUUUAUUAGCCAAAUCGAUUUUGAACGACGCAUUCAUAUCAAAUGGGAUCAAAACCAUUCGAAACAUGUAUUUUCCCGGAGAUACAGUAUUUAUUAGAGAACAAAAGUUCAUUCCUCAAACGGAUACAGAAAUUGAGGAAUACAGACAAAAAUGCAGAGCUAUGGUACUGAAAACCCUAAGUUUAGACUCCUUGAAACACGUCCGUUUUCUGGUAACGGAAACUGAUGUGGACAACUUCCUUAACUCUUUUCUGAACAAAGACGUCAAUAAAGAGCUGGUAAUGAACUUACUAGACUUGAUAUUGGGAAAGCUGUUCCCUGAACUUAUGGAAUAUACAGAAAACGAAAUCAAAGCUCAUUCCAUGGUCCAUUAG